AUGAUUCAGGAGUGUACUCCCACCAUGCUUCGAAUCGUUUACUUGCUAUUGGGGCGCCAUAUUCAGAAUGAUGGAAAGGCCUCGCGAUCGCUGUUGCAUUGGAUCUCCUUAAUCAUCGGAUGGAUUCCAGCUUGUUUGAUCAUUGCUUUUUUGCUGUUCAUUCCGUCCGACCUUGGGGGCGAGAUAAGAAACAACGGUCGGUAUGAGCAGUUCAAAUAUCACUACUGGGGCUAUUCAAAGGUGCCUACGAAUACCAGGGAGGCCCAGUCCUCGGGUGUUGCUGAUGAACCUCCCCAUUCUCAAGUCAUCAAUGGGGUUUCAAAACGACCUUUGCGCCCCCGGCUAUUGUGCUUACUACUGGAAGGGGGAAUUGGCAUUCUCAAAGUCGAAGACUGGGAGCCUGAGUUCGGGACCCUCAGUUACAUAUUCAUAAGCUAUACCGCAAGCCAGUUCCACUCAGAUGAAGACAAAGAAGAGCUUCAUCGCAUUGCCGGGGCCGCGGCCCAGAAAGCCGGGGUUGAUGCUUACUGGAUUGGAUGCAGUUGCAUGCCCCAAGACACACUUGUUCAAGAUGUUUAUCGAAUAAGUGAUAUUGUCCGUGGCGCCCAUUCGGUGGUUGUCAUCGUCGGCCCGUCCCUCAAUUCAGGACCGGACGCGACUGGAAUGCUUCACGAGCUGGGAUCUAGGUUGUGGACAUUUCCCGAGAUCCUUUUGGCCUCAUCCAAUCAUCCAAUCUCAAUAUACGUUCGUGACUGUGACUCUGAUUCAUUUCGGGCUGUAUCCAAACAAGACUUCGCUAAAGAGGCAUGGGGUGACGCUCCUGUCUCAAGACAGCUUAUCGAUCACUAUGAAGGCUCUAUCAUACUCAGUCCCUUGGAACUGGUAUCUAUUGCCUUGCAAUGCAUUCCGUGCCGUGAUACCCCGAAAUUCUACAAUGGAGAUCUCGCAUAUGCCCUGAUGGGACUUCUACGACGUCGCCCAAAUGUUGAUAAAGAUGACUCGGCCUUCGAAGCCUUCUGUCGACUCUCUUUAGCCAACGACAGCGACCAACUGAUUGAGCGAAUGAUAUGUAUGCUCCCCGAAGAGCCGGACCAAUUAUGGCAUGAUAUCAAAGACUUCUGGGGGAGUCAGCUUUGGGAUAUCCAGCCUCUCUGUCAGGUUGUCGGCCUUGGGGGAGAUGACACUGUGAUAUUGAGCGGUGCAUUUGGUGCUCCGAUUAGAUGGAAAUCUUUUGAGCCGGUCAAUCUCCUGAUGCGAAGCACCUUAAAGCGUUUGAUCGCCAAAACCAUCAUCCGAAGUACACCUCUUUGGCUCAUACUGGGCGUUGCCUUGCUAGCCUCCAGCCAAUUGAGAGGAGGUUACUAUGCUCCGAUAACAGCGAUGGGCUGGGUCAUCACAGGUCUCUAUCUUCUGGCUAUCCUGGCUUCUCCAUUAUUCAUUUACUGGCUGUAUGUUGGGAAAACAUGGGCCGCUCAGCCGUGGCUGUUUGGUUUCGAGGGCUACAUGGAGAUUGGCGAGAUUGAGACACUCAUCUUUGGUAUAAACCUUGGUCGAUUAAGAUGGAGUCCAUACUCUAGUGAAUUGUCAAAACAUCAAGCCGAAGACGACGAAUGUGUGGGACAAGAUCCCACUCACGAACCAUCCACCGCCGAGUUUGCAUCCGCUGCCCAGAACUCUGAGUAUGGUGAGAUGAAACUAUUUACGUUGGUGGACACUAAUACCUUGACCGUCACCUUAUUCAAGGCCGUUCGCCCACCGGUGGCAAUGAUACUGUGCGGUAGUGAGGGCGGCAUGCAGCGAGCCUUGCUUUGUUCGUAUGAUUGGAAAACCCAAACCCUCUACCGUGAGAGUGUACUACGGGUAGAGACUCUUGUUCUGGAGAAUAUGUCACGCGUGGACCGAUUCAAGCUAGGGUUGAAAAGACCUAAAGCCAAGACCACACAUACCGAUAGCUAUGUAGCCUGA